ACACAGAGGUGACUGCACUGCAGAGGGGGAACCUUUGAACUGAAGGGGGCGAGGCAGCGGUGGAGCCUGUGUGGAUGCGCUGGUUGGCGGGCACGUCAUCAUCAUCAUCAUCCUCAUCCUCAUCCCGACCCGACGGAGAGGCAGCAGACCACCCUCCUGCAUCCCCCCAAACUGCUGCAUUGUGUCUGAAGGUGGUGCAGCGGGUCUUCAGUGGACAACAUCAUGACACCCGGGUCUCAGUAAAACCUGGAGCAUUUCCGUGGAACCCACUCUCCUGGUCUCACCGUAAAAACCGUCUCUUUCCACUAUUUUUCUCAAGGAUAAUAAUGAUGAGGCGUGACCGUGACCGUGAUGAACGGCCGAGAGACAGGGACCGGGAUCGUGACCGUGACAGGUAUAGAGACAGAGAGGUGAAGUUAUCGACGAUGCCAGCGACAGGUGGUGUAGACUUCUUUAAGCAAAGCCCUGUACAACAACAGAUCAACCCUUUUACCAACCUGCCCCACACACCACGCUACUAUGAGAUUCUCAAGAAACGGCUGCAGCUUCCUGUCUGGGAAUACAGAGAGAGCUUCACUGACAUCCUCUCCCAUAACCAGUCCUUUGUCUUGGUGGGAGAAACAGGCUCUGGAAAGACAACACAGAUUCCUCAGUGGUGUGUGGACAUGGUGCGGUCUCUUCCAGGGCCGAAAAGAGCAGUGGCCUGCACUCAGCCUAGAAGGGUAGCAGCUAUGAGUGUCGCCCAGAGGGUGGCUGAUGAGAUGGAUGUCAUGCUGGGCCAAGAGGUGGGGUACUCCAUCCGGUUUGAGGACUGCAGCUCAGCUAAAACCGUGCUCAAGUACAUGACAGAUGGAAUGUUGCUGCGAGAAGCCAUGAACGAUCCCCUACUAGAGCGAUACGGUGUCAUCAUCCUGGACGAGGCCCACGAACGCACAUUAGCUACUGACAUCCUCAUGGGAGUCCUGAAGGAGGUGGUCCGACAGAGGUCUGACCUGAAGGUCAUUGUCAUGAGCGCCACACUUGAUGCUGGGAAGUUCCAGGUGUACUUUGACCACUGCCCGCUGCUAACCAUCCCCGGGCGCACCCACCCAGUGGAGAUUUUCUAUACGCCGGAACCAGAGCGGGACUACCUGGAGGCAGCCAUCCGUACUGUGAUCCAGAUCCACAUGUGUGAGGAGGAUGAAGGGGAUGUUCUGCUUUUCCUCACCGGUCAGGAGGAAAUUGACGAAGCCUGCAAGAGAAUCAAGAGGGAAGUGGACGACCUGGGUCCUGAUGUCGGUGACAUCAAAAUCAUCCCGCUGUACUCGACGCUGCCCCCACAACAGCAGCAGCGGAUCUUCGAGCCACCCCCACCUAAUAAACCGAACGGUGCCAUCGGAAGGAAGGUCGUCGUGUCGACAAACAUCGCUGAGACAUCCCUGACCAUUGACGGCGUGGUGUUUGUAAUUGAUCCUGGAUUUGCCAAGCAAAAGGUGUAUAACCCACGUAUCCGAGUUGAGUCUCUCUUGGUGACAGCCAUCAGCAAAGCCUCAGCCCAGCAGAGGGCAGGUCGCGCCGGACGGACACGCCCAGGGAAAUGUUUCCGCCUUUACACCGAGAAAGCCUACAAGACUGAAAUGCAGGACAACACGUACCCCGAGAUCCUGAGGUCUAACCUGGGCUCUGUGGUGCUGCAGCUGAAGAAACUGGGUAUCGACGACCUGGUACACUUUGACUUCAUGGACCCACCAGCCCCAGAGACCCUGAUGCGAGCCCUGGAGUUGCUGAACUACCUGGCAGCGCUCAAUGACGACGGUGACCUGACGGAGCUGGGCUCCAUGAUGGCAGAGUUCCCCCUGGACCCCCAGCUGGCCAAGAUGGUCAUCGCCAGCUGUGAAUUCAACUGUUCCAACGAGGUCCUUUCCAUCACUGCCAUGUUGUCAGUCCCACAGUGCUUUGUGCGGCCAACGGAGGCUAAGAAGGUGGCAGACGAGUCCAAGAUGCGCUUCGCCCACAUCGACGGUGACCACCUGACGCUCCUCAACGUCUACCACGCCUUUAAACAAAACCACGAGUCCACUCAGUGGUGCUACGACAACUUUGUCAACUACCGCUCGCUGAUGUCGGCCGACAACGUACGGCAGCAGCUGUCCAGGAUCAUGGACCGCUUCAACCUGCCGCGACGGAGCACCGACUUCAGCAGCAGAGACUAUUACAUCAACAUUCGCCGAGCGCUGGUCACUGGCUUCUUCAUGCAGAUUGCUCACCUGGAACGUACCGGACAUUACCUGACAGUGAAGGACAACCAAGUCGUUCAGCUGCACCCCUCCACUGUGCUGGACCACAAGCCCGAGUGGGUGCUCUACAAUGAGUUUGUCCUCACCACAAAGAAUUACAUCCGCACAUGCACUGACAUCAAGCCAGAAUGGCUGGUGAAAAUUGCCUCCCAGUACUAUGAGAUGAGUAACUUCCCUCAGUGUGAAGCAAAGAGACAGUUGGAGCGUAUCAUUGCAAAACUCUCAUCCAAGGAAUACACUCAGUACUAAGAAGGUUUGCAUGCAUUGCCGCAACAUCCUCACUAUGUACAAAGUUGAAUCAGAACUCUCUGAACUCACUGGAGCGGCCCAUCUAUUUUUUUUUUUUUUUCCCCUCAAUUUCCACCAAAAAGCUCAUUUUAAAUUCUAUUUUUGUCUGACUUUGUAAUUUAUUUUCAUAAUGAUCAGUCCUCUUAUGUCUGAGGGAUAUUUUGUUGCGUUUUGAAGCCAAAAAUGUUAAGCGCUACCAGAAAAUGGAUCAUAAAUGAUGGGUUGUUUGGAAUUAGUCAUCAUCUAUUUUUGUCUGACGCAUGAUACAUGAUGUAGAUUGCAACAUUCCUGUCACAGACGUCCAUAAAAACCACGACUCAGCUUCGGAGUCUUGGCUGUUGUUUUAGUUCAGCUGCUUAAAGUCAUUAAAAAAAGGCAGCCAGUUCAUGGAAAGAGCCUUUAGAUCAAAUGUAAUUUAUACUGUAUUUUGACGCAGACAUAAUGGAAAUAUCCUGUUGUCAUGGAGACACUAAAAGGUGCACUCUGGUCAUAUUUCCUGUCGGCUGUUCAAGUUAAUAAAAAACAUCUUUGUAAUAAAACAUUUUCCAGUGUCAGCAUUAAGAUGUCAGGAUAAUUUGUGCGUAAACUUUUCAACCUAACCCUCGCACAAACACACACACUGAGAAAUCACGUUUGACCUGCCAAAUCCAGCUCGUUUCCUGGCUCUUCAGGGAAGUUAAAUCUUCUUACUGGGAUAUUGAUAGCUUCAGAAACAGUUGGAGUGAGGGGGAAUGUUAAUUACAAAUGUUUCAGAGCGAGAUCAGGGUGAAAUCCCCGCUGUGCUCGAGCCUGUUCUGGCUCUGCCGCUUUGUGUCGGCGUGUAAGCAAUGUGGAAGGUAAAGCUCUUGCACACUAGUGGUAUAAAAUAACCCAAUGAAUGGUCAAACACAUGACUUGAACAUGAUGGCAAUUUAUGGGGAAUCCAUUGUUGCUUUGACAGGUUAAAAUGAAAUUGCAGCUUCUCAUUCCAAACUUGCAUAAGUGGAU